AUGUUUCUUUUUCUCCAUUUUUCUUUUACUCUGAUGUUUCUUUUUUCCUUUUCUUUUUCUUCUGUUUCCUUUUUUCUUUUUAUUUGUUCCUAUGUUUCUUACUUUAUUCUCUUAUGUCAUUUUUUCUUUUUCUCCUAUGAUUUUUUCUUUUUCCCAUAUGCUUCUUUUUCUUUUUUCUUUUUUUUUUUUAACUUUUUCUCACAUAUUUUUUUUAUUCUUUUUAUUUUCACCUUUUCUCUUUUUCCUUUUAACCUGUUUCCCUUUUCUCCUAUGUUUCUGUUUUUACUUUUUCUCCUGUGUUCAUUGUGUUUUUUCUCCUGUUACUUUUUUACAUUUUUCUCAUGUUUCAUUUUUUCUUAUUUUCGUUUUUCAUACUAUUUUUCAUUUUCUUUUCUCCUAUAUCUUUUCUUACACCCAUCCUUUUCUAUUUACCCUAUUUUAUCUCUUUUUUUCCAUCUCCUUUUUACUCUUGAUUUUUUCCUUUGCUGCUUCAUUCUUCACUUUCUUUACUCUCUUUUGUUCACUUGCUUCUUUUUUUCUUUUUCAUUAUUUUUCUUCAUUUUUGUUGUCUUAAUCUUUAAAUUUGAUCUUUUCUCCACCACUUUCUUUUUCCUUUCUUUCAAUUUUUUCUUUCUUUCAAUUUUUUCGUUCUUUCAAUUUUUUCUUUUUGCUUUUACUUUUUCUCUAUACAUAUUCUUUCUUUCUUUUUUCCUUCAUUUAAUUUGCUUUCAUUUUUCUUUCUCUAAUGUUGCUUUCCAAUUUAUUUAUUUAUUUAACUUUUUUCUUUCCACUUUUUAUUUUCCUUACUUUAAUUUGCUUUCCUUUUUCUUUGCCUUCCAAUUCCUUCCUUCCUUUCUUUUUUUCAUACAGUUUCCCAAUUCCAUUUUCUUUCCUUUACUUUCUUUUCAUUUAGUUUCUUUCUUCUUUGCUGUCUCAUUUCUUUCUUUCUUCAUUCUUUUUUCUUUCUUUCUUUCGAAUACUAUCUCUUUCUUUCUUUCCCUUACUUAUCUCUUUCAUUCCAGCACCUAUCUCUUUCUUUUUCUUUCUUUAUUUAUGUAUUUCUUUAAUUCCCGUAUUUAUCUCUUUCUUUCUUUUUUUCUUUCUUUCUUUCUUUCUUUCUUUCUUUCCUUACAUUUUUAUAUUCUCUCUUUUUCUCCCUCUCUUGUUGCUGAACAAUUCUUUUCUUGCUGUUUCGUUUGUCUGCUCUUUCACUCAUUUCAUUUCUUCAAUCUUCACACCUCCUGUCCUCAUCUCUUGUUGCAAUUCUUGGUUAUCUCCCUUUAA